CGGACGGAACCGAUCGCGGCUGGUUUGAGCUGGUGCGUCUCCAUGACGACACGCGCGGUGCUAUAAGUAGCGGAGCGGCGGCUGGUCGGCUUUGUCAGUCCCCUCGGCCUCCGCCGCCGCCGCCCCUCUGCCAGAGCUCCGGCGCCACCUCGGGCCGGCGGUCCUCCGCGGGAGGGAGCGAGGCGGCGGGCGGCCGGCUGACGGGGGCGGCGGGGCGGCCGGCGGUCCUGCGCGCUCGGGGACGGCAUCUCCAUGGGGCUGGCCCGCGGCGCCCGUGCGCUCUAAGGUGGACUAGCAAAUUCUGUUUUAUCAGAACAUUUCCACUGCUGCACCUGAGGGCACACGCAUCUUCAGCGGGACUUGGAAUUCCAGAGAAUUGCCUUUGUGAGAAACUGGCAAUAAUUUGUUUAACUUCCAUCUCUUAGUUUUCCAUUUUGUUACGUUUUGGAGGAACUUCAAGAAACCAUGAACAACUUUAGUAAUGCAGAUUUAGACUGCCAUUUCCUCGAUGAAGGCUUUACUGCCAAGGAUAUUCUGGACCAAAAAAUUAAUGAAGUUUCGUCUUCUGAUGAUAAGGACGCCUUCUAUGUCGCCGACCUGGGAGACAUUUUAAAGAAACAUCUGAGAUGGUUAAAAGCUCUUCCUCGGGUCACCCCCUUUUAUGCAGUCAAAUGCAAUGAUAGCAGAACCGUAGUGAAGACCCUUGCUACCAUUGGGACAGGAUUUGACUGUGCCAGCAAGACCGAGAUACAGUUGGUACAAAGUCUUGGGGUGUCUCCAGAGAGGAUUAUCUAUGCAAAUCCUUGUAAACAGGUGUCUCAGAUUAAGUACGCUGCCAAUAACGGAGUCCAGAUGAUGACUUUUGAUAGUGAAGUUGAAUUGAUGAAAGUUGCCAGGGCACAUCCAAAGGCAAAGUUGGUUUUGCGGAUUGCCACCGAUGAUUCCAAAGCAGUCUGUCGCCUCAGUGUUAAAUUUGGUGCCACACUCAAAAUCAGCAGGCUUCUUUUGGAACGGGCGAGAGAGCUAAAUAUUGAUGUCAUUGGUGUCAGCUUCCACGUGGGAAGUGGCUGCACGGAUCCUGAGACCUUUGUGCAAGCCAUCUCUGAUGCCCGCUGUGUCUUUGACAUGGGAGCUGAGGUUGGUUUCAACAUGUAUCUGCUUGAUAUCGGUGGUGGCUUUCCUGGAUCUGAGGAUGUAAAGCUUAAAUUUGAAGAGAUCACCAGUGUGAUCAACCCAGCCCUGGACAAGUACUUCCCGGCCGACUCGGGGGUGCGAAUCAUAGCGGAGCCCGGCAGAUACUACGUUGCCUCAGCCUUCACGCUCGCUGUGAACAUCAUUGCCAAAAAACUCGUAUUAAAGGAACAGACAGGUUCUGAUGAUGAAGAUGAGUCGAGUGAACAAACCUUUAUGUAUUACGUGAACGAUGGAGUGUAUGGAUCGUUUAAUUGCAUCCUCUAUGAUCAUGCCCACGUGAAGCCCCUCCUGCAGAAGAGACCCAAACCAGAUGAGAAGUACUAUUCAACCAGCAUAUGGGGACCAACAUGUGACGGCCUGGAUCGCAUUGUCGAGCGCUGCGACUUGCCCGAGAUGCACGUGGGCGAUUGGAUGGUCUUUGAAAACAUGGGUGCUUACACGGUUGCUGCUGCUUCUACUUUCAAUGGGUUCCAGAGGCCGACUAUCUACUAUGUGAUGUCGGGGCCGACAUGGCAACUGAUGCAGCAGAUCCAGAACCAUGACUUCCCGGCCGAAGUGGCGGAGCAGGACGUCAGCACCCUGCCUGUGUCCUGUGCCUGGGAGAGCGGGCUGAAGCGCCCCCCGGCCACCUGUGCCUCCGCCAGCAUCAACGUGUAGGUGCCACUCCUGUAGCUGUUACCUUCGAGUUUAGCUUGAAUUGGGGGACUUGGGGGGACCGUUUAACUUAAUUCUUGCUAGUUUUGAAAUGUCUGUAAGUAGGGUUGGCACGGAUGCAACAGUAUGGAAGACUAGGAGAUGGGGUCACUUAUCUGUGUUCCUAUGGAAACUAUUUGAAUAUUUGUUUUAUAUGGAUUUUUAUUCAGUUUUCAAACAUGCUAUUAAGGCGUGCCCCCCUGCUGCUGAGCAAGCGUUUGUAGCUUGAACACUGGCAGGGCGGGCCGGAAGCUUAGUGUUGUGACCUGUUUUAAAAAUAAAGUAUCUUGAAAUAAUGAGGCAUUGCGGAAUUUUUACAGUGUGUCCAUUCCAAACGGCUCACCUUGAAUGUGUUUUAUAAGUGGGAAUUGAUGUUUUGUCCCACCGGCUGAGAAAGUUGUCCCAGAGGACUUAGGAGUUGGUGGUUUUCAGUAUUUUGAAAAUCUGUUGAAAUGCCAUCUUCCUGUUCAGCAUUUUUAUUUCAAGUACAUGAGUCUUGUAUGAAGUUUGCUGUGGAUCCUCCCAGAGAACAGUGGAUUUAGCCCUCAUGUAGGUAGAAGGAAAAGCGUGGGUGAGGCAGGCCGUCCCCUCUGCUGCUGACACGGCUCGGCCCACCCCGAAUGUCCCCAGAAGUGGCUAUGAAGGAGUGCCUAGAGCCCUUUGCUAACUGCCUUGUGUCAGGGCUGUGCCCGGGGAAGGCCCCAGAAGCCCCCCGAGCACUGCCUGCGGGACACAUGUUCCCUUCCCACUUGUCGUCUUUCUGGGGACAAGUUGCAGAGCUGCAGGUUAGGAAUGUGGUACAACGUUCGGCGGUCAGCUUACUUUAAUAAAUUCAACAAUUAUCCUGU